AUGGUCCGAUCCCAUAUAGAACUUUGGCACAACAGCGACGUCCAUCAGGCAGAACCUUUUAUUGACGACGAUGUGGUCUAUUUCAUUACGGUAUCCUCCACCGGAGUGGCGUUUCGGAAGCAGCUGUCAAAAGAUUAUCAAUUGUGGAAGAGUUUCUCUCAACAAUUGCUUAUUCACACUUUGAAUCUGCUAGUAUGGCGCAUCUUCCGAAAUUCGCCGCCUCCACGUGGGUUUUUCGGCGAACAACGCAUAGCUGAACUCCAAGAAGAGCUAAGGCUAGUCGAAGCCGGCGAGCAUCCGAAAUUUCUGGAAAAAUUACGUGAAUUUCAGCAAAAACAGGCGGACGAAAUUGAAAUGAUAGACAUCAUGUAUGAGAGGGAGAAAGAAGAAAUUGAAAGAAAGUUCCGCCUCGAACAUGCGGCAAUUCAACGAGAAUUAAAAGAGAGGGAGGAUGAUCUAGUUCAGGCUUUGCUACUGGAAGUCGAUGACCGAAUUCGAUUUAUUGAAGCCGAAGUAGCGGUACUAGACGUAGCAGGUCCCGCAUGUCCAACCUUUAGUAUGAACAAGAAAUGUCUUCGUCGUCGACCUCAUGACACUCCAACAUCAAGUGAAAAGAAGAAAGCUCGUACCAACGCUCCCGCGAUUAUACAUUUACUACCAGAGCAUAUAAUUGCAGAAGAUGUUCGACUGCUUGUACCCGCAGAAAGUAUUCCUAGCGUUGUUCAGCACCACAAGGUCAGCAUGGAGAAUGGAAAGCUGAUAUACGAAGGCAAAACGUAUCAACGUGGACAAGCUUUGGUUGUUCAAACGGAAAAUUACGGUGCAUUUGCUGGAAUGAUAUUGUCAAUAUGCGAUCAAUAUAUUCAAUUCAGAUCCACUGUUCCAGGAGAUACUCGACAAGUGCUGGCCACAAUGGACGAUUUGGAAAGUGGACGAGUGAUACUUAGAAAGAAAAUUGUCUGA